AUGCAAAUUUUGAAAUUCGCAAAUGCAGCUGAAAUGCAUCGCAUUAAUUUGCUAUUUUUAGUAAUUUUGAUGCAAAAUCUUCGCUCAACACAGCAAAAUCAGGAUAAAACCCAAGGUAAUCAUGCUAUAAAGCGAACAGAUGGUGGUGUGUCCUACGCAAAUUUUGAGAUUCACAAAUUUCAUUAUCUACAAGUAUCUCCGCCAGCCUUUUCCCAUGAGGUGCUUCAAGCUCAAGAAUGCGCGUUUGCCUGUGUUACUCAACAAACGUGUUACUCGUUCAACAUUGGGCUGUCUCCAAAUCAGAAUGGAAAAUUUCUAUGCGAACUUUUAAGCGGAGACAAGUUUAGAAGCCCAACAAAUUUGACAUCUUCGCAACAGUUUGACCAUUACAGCAUUGAGGUAAAUAAUUUAUCUUAUAAGGGCGUAACUCAUGUAUGUAUCAUGAAAUUCAAUUUUUCAUUAGUUUUGAAAAUGUCUUUCUUGGUCCGUUUUCUUAUUUUGCUGCAUAAGGCAAAACGGACAAAAUACGACUUAAAUUAUUUCUUUACCUGAGCUCACUGCGUAUUUACCCAAGGUGGACAAGUAUCUGUUUCUUAUUUGAACAUUUUCAUGAAAAAAUUAAUAUUGCAUUGACAAGACGACAGAUUUUUAAAUAUGUAAAAUAAUAAUGUAAACUGAAGCCUAAAGAAUAUCUGGAGGGACGAUUUUGAGUGAAAUAAUUAAUUAAGUUUUGUUGCUUAGAUACCAUCGUCAGAGCCAGUCAAUCUUUCAGCUGAGUUUGAGCCAAAACGAUGAUUAGAUUUCCUAUCUAGCCACAUAAAUCUCUAAAAAAAACUUUGGGGCGAUUUAUAAAUCACUUUUGCGUUAUACUUGGAUUUAUACUCAGAUCACGUUUCAACGUAUCCGUUAAAAUGUAUGAUUGCUCCUGCGCAUGGAGUUUUUGUUGUCACACGGGUGCGGAGAAAAUUAAAAUGAGGUAAUGAGUUGAAAGAAGCUACUCGCAUUUUUAGUGUCUUAGACAAACUGGCGAAAUUAAUUCCUAAGUCAUGUGAAACCCUUUAAUUCUUCUCCAUAAUUCUAAAAUUUGUUCCUUCUAAGCUUGUAAUUACUUCUCUAAUAGAGACUAAUUUUCUAAAACAUUUAUGCAUAACAAAGCAAGGCCAUGAAAACAUGACGCUUCGGCGACGACAUGUCACCAUCAUCAGAAGGGAAUAUUAAUAUCAAUAUUCAAUACACAGAAAAGUAAGGCGUGAAAUAAAACAUUAAAAAUGUGGAAAGAAAAAAAAUGUUUUUUAACAAAGUGAAAAGUUUUGCUGGAGUGUAGUCUGUUAAAGAGUUCAAUUCUGGUUUUUUUUUUUUUAAUAAGCAACAUUUCAUACAUAAUUAAGGUACUCGAACUUUCCACAGCAUUGUUCGUUAAGAUCUAUCGGCCCUUAGCACUGUUCUUUCACGUGUUUACCAGUCACGGACAAAUUGCGUCUCUGGAAUGUUAUUCCAUCUUUAGGCUUUCGUGUGCCAUAAUUUCCUCAACUCAUGAGGAAUCUAAAGUGUUUAGGUAAAUCUUGAUUCGCAUUUUCCUUUUUUUCAAAACACAAUUUUUUUGUCGCCUUCGCGAUUUACAAAACCUGUUUCUUCUCGAUCCCCGUCUUUUGAACGCCAUACUAUAUAUCUGAAAGCAGUUUUUUUUCGCAAAAAAACGUCGGCGAAUAUACACGUGGAUGUUGAACGUCAGUUUUAACCACACUGUCGUUAUACUCCAUGAAUGAAAAGAUUCUGAUAUUUGCCGUGUCUUAUCUUUCGAUUGCAGUCGCCGUGCUCAAGUCAUCCAUGCAAAAACAACGGUACAUGUAUCCCGAAUUACGAAGAGAAUACAUACAGUUGUAGUUGCACCCCUGGCCAUAGGGGUCGUUAUUGUGGCAAAGGUGAGCAUAAAUAAAAAUAAUAAUAGCAAUAAUUAUAAAUUUUUUUUAAAGUUCAGUUGAAAUAAAAUGCCACAUUUUACCUUAAAUAGUUUAAAAGGUUACAACAAGCCAUAUUGUAAGGGGAACAACGAAAUUUAAAACUGGAUCUAAUUUUUAGUCGAGGAAUAAGAUGGUAGGACAGUCAUGGUCUCAACUUCGCGCGAAACGAACAUGGUUUUCUUAAAUUUCUACAUUCAAUGAAGACCUUGAAUUUGGUUUAGUCGUUGACUAAUGUUAAAUAUCUCCUGAAAUAACAGCCGAAAUUAGCCUUGGUUUACAUACAGAUACAGGAAAAAUGUAAAUUCCAAAAAAGAGUGUUUCUAAAAUUAAGUUUGGAGUUGCUCUGGAAUCCUCAUCCCCAGUUAGAUAUGAUACUCUAUAUGUUAAAGAUAAUUCGCCCCUUUGUUGUUUGAGGUAAUGAAACUUACUAAAACACCGUUUAUCAAAACACCGUUUACUGUCAUAAAUACUAAUACGUGCGAUUAAGAACCUCGUCCUUUUUUUAUAAUAUAUAAUUUUAAAUCAGACACAAAGCUGGUCAUGGCCCUAAGAAAAAGGUCGAACAAGAGUGGACCUAACCAGCUCAAGCAGUUCAAACGCCAACCUUGUAAACAGCCGUGCAGUGCGACAAAAGGAAGCAACAAUGGUGCAGACGAUAACUUACGUUUUUUCUUUGUUUCUUAACAACGCCCUGACAAGCAAAUGACCCGGUGCAAUAUUCUCUGCCAAUAGAGGCUUGCUUAAUCUCGUUCAAAAAAAAGAAAAAAACUUGUUUGGGUUUCACUGCUAUUAUUACACAUUAGAGUUACUAAGAAAGCUGUUAUUGGUCGAGAGCACACAUGCAACCAAUAUACAAAACCCGGUGUUAAGUUGACAUGUUAACCCAAUAUCUGUAGUAGACAUUGGGUUAUCAUGUCGAGUUUAAAGCCUGCCUGUUUUCCGAGCCCAUCGCUCGUGAAGUGUUGUCAAACUUUUGCAAACUCAUAGAGGUUUUUCUUUUUGCAGAUUGUGUAAAAAAAUUAUGAUGAGCCCAUUUUUAAUUCAGUUUUCGCAUUAUAUCAAGAAUUAUCAAACCUUGUGUCUGUUUUACUUGCCAUAGCCUUAAGCUUCAGUGGCAGAUAACGCGGACCUCGGCAUUGACUAUUCAUGAUAUCAUGCUCAACCUCAUCCAAUAAUUGCUUAAUAUAACGUAUUGGUAGUCUUUUCGCUACUGCAAGUGAUUUCGUGAGAGAAAUAGGCAUUCUACCUGUUGAAACUUUCAUAUCAAAGAUUGUUCUUUCUGAGUGAUUGCAUCCUCUUUCCUUACAAGUCUGUUCAGCACCUUUAGGAAUGGAAGACUACAUAAUUACACCUACGCAGAUUUCGGCUUCGUCUCAAUACGACAGUAAUCACGCACCAAACCAAGGAAGACUUCACUUCAAAAAAACAGGGUCGCGGGUAGGCAGUUGGUCCGCGCUCGGGAAUAACGUCCAUCAGUGGUUUCAAGUUGAUCUAAGAAUUGAGACAACCGUUACAUUUCUGGCAACACAAGGACGAAAUAUGCAUGGACAGUGGGUAACCAAGUAUAAGCUGCAGUAUGGUAACGAUGGUAGCACAUUUCGGGUAUUUAAGCAAGACGGGGAGAGCUCUGAUAAGGUUAGCCCUAACUCAAAGUGAAUUCAUCAAAUCUGAGCGAAAUGACAAAAAGAAAUGACAAAAGCGUAGCUAAAUAAACUAAUUAACGGAGAAACUUUGCCUCAGCUGAGUAUUAUUUGCUUAAAAAUCAAUUACGAUUCAUCCAGUCUGCUGUGAUUUGACCACGAGAGAAGUGAAGUAAUCUCUCCUGGAUGGAACAGGGCGAGGAAACCAAACCGCUUUGAUUCUCUUACGGGAUCAAAGCAAGGACCACCGGAAGGGACGAGAUGCAUGGGAUCAAAGCGGGAAAUCUUGAGGAGACCUGCGUGCGCUCGUGAUGUUAGUCAUGGUUCCAUAUUUCGAGUUUCUCAUUCCAAAGUUAAAAAAAAAAGUUUUUUCUCAGUAAUAUUUAUGAUUGAGUUAUUUCUUUUUAACAAACUUACAGGCCCCUUUGACAAAGAAAAUUAUGUUAAGAGGAAUAGAGAUUUACAGAAUUCUUCACCUUCCUAUUUCAAAUCAUCAGGUGUUUGUUGGAAACAGUGACAGAGAUACUGUUGUGAAGAAUCCUGUGAUCUCACCCGUCAAGGCUCGAUAUAUCCGGUUGAUACCCACAGAAUGGCACAACCACAUCUCUAUGAGGAUAGAAUUAUACGGCUGUCUUGGUAGGUUGGCCUUCCGAAUUCAUUUCUAGUUUAUAGACAAAUUUUCAAUUGCGAGCUAAAACUGAAAUGGGCGUUAUGCACGUUUUGCAUUACUGCGCAUCACUGUGAUGAUCAAGAAAAUUCGCGUCAUCAUUUCGACCAAUCAAGUACGAAUUAGCAUGAUGAUCGUUCUAGCUCCAUUGGUAUAAACACAAACUCGGGUGUUCCGUAAAAAAAGCAAAGUCAAUAUAAUGAUAAUAGUACUUGUAGAAAAUAAUAAUUUAAAGUUGGCAUAGUUUCUUAUGAUAAUUCCGUGCUGUUUAGUCCUCGCUUUUCAACGCUUCGCAACAUUCUUGCCAAUGAGAAUAGCAAAAAACAUCCUCACCUCGCAGUUUCUUUACUUCCCUGAGAGAAAUAAAGAGCAAGGGAAAGUAGCAGCACAAUCAGCUUGUUUUUACAUUAUCUUUUAAAACUUCUCAGAAAACAUGCAAGCUCUUGGCAUGGAAAGUGGCUCCAUCGCUGACUCACAAAUUAUCGCUUCUUCGAUGUUCAACGUUUAUCACAAACCUGCGCGCGCACGACUCCAUACAAAAGAGCUUGGACUUUCGACAGGGACUGGUGGCUGGUCAAGUUUGACGAAUGAUUUAAACCAAUGGCUACAGGUCGAUCUCGGUAAAAUCACCAAUGUGACGUACAUUGCAACACAAGGAAGGAAUCAUUACUCGCCUUCACAGUGGGUGAAGAAAUACAAAAUCCAGUUCAGCGACGAAGGAGUCUCAUUUUUGUUUUACAAGAGACAAGGAGAUUCCUCCGACACGGUAAGUUCUCAUAUUAACAUGCAAAUUUUAGCGCAGUUACGGAAAACAACCAUUGGUCCAAGGUUCAGUAAACAUGGGUUCAGAAUUCAGGCAAUCCAUCUUGCCUUCGAUAUGAAGCGAGAGAUUGGUACGAGAAGACGUGAUUGAGACGAAAUAGGUUACUAGGCCCAGUGAGGUUUCCUCGAAGCAAACCACUCGCCUGGAACAUCUCCUAAGCGCUUUUACCCCACGGUAGAGGACUGUCUAAGUUUAAAAUAAUGCACACGUGUGAAUGUGACUUCGGUGUCGAAAUGAUUUGUAAAGAAAUCAAAGAUGCGCAUGUUUAGCUACAGAAAACGUACCUUGCAUUUCUUCGGUCAAGGUUAUUUCUUUUGAAAUCAUGCUUUUAUGACAAUGUGUUGAUACUUAGGUUUUCGAGGGCAAUUUCGACCAGGAUACCGUUGUUUAUCAUCUCCUGGAUCCACCUAUCACAGCGCGAUUCUUGCGGGUAAAGCCAACUCAGUGGCAAAACCACAUUUCCAUGAGGAUGGAGUUAUAUACUUUCCCAGGUAUAUCGUGUUGUAUCAUUCCUUCCUUGGCCCUGUUCAUUCAAUUAUUCGUGAUAUCUUUAAGAUAUAUAUAGCAUCAUUUCAUUUUCUAGGUUUAGUUUGUCCUGCGGCCGAUAAAAUUCGGUUCAGGAAACAGAGAGCAAAGUAAAAGGCAGGGAUUGACAUCGGUAUCUCCCCUCCCCUCUCCUUCUCUCCCCUCCACCCCCCAUCCCUUUUUUCUCUCUCUUUGCAACGUAACGGUGAGAAAAAAGAUGUGUUAGUAAUCGGAUCAAAAUCGAAAUGAAAACAGCAAGAAGCGUAACCGUUUGUUGUGGUUUUAUGAUAACAAUAACAAUUUUCCUAAUGACUUCCACACAACUUUAAAACUAUGUUGCCUAAAGGUAAGGCUUCGGAAGAUGUGCGGCAUCACCGUCUUUAUCAGUGAGACUUUCACGCAUGUGAGACGUGCGCAACGUCUGUUAUCUCAACGAUGUCUGAACGAAGAUGCAAUUCUAAAUCAAACGUGGUCCUUUCAUCUUUACAGGAGAAACUUAAGCCUUUCACUCACCUUUGCAAGCGGCUGGAGGUUUAAGGACGAGCAGUACCUUCCAGGAAUUUCAGUGAGCCACAACGCUAGCUCAGUUGGCAGAAUACAGCAGCUGUAGUUUCUACAGCACAUCUUUCCGGGAUGUUUAGUUGAACGAUUUGGCAUACUAAUGUCUUCUUUACAAAAGUAUUGUACAAUUCGUACAAGUGUGUCGAUCCCUUCCUGAACACGGUUGUACAUUAUUUAUUAAUUAUCAGGAAUUAGCAAAACAUGACGACAGUUGUUUGCGAUCGUUUCAGUGCAUUUAGAAAAAAAUAGUAUAGAAGGACUUUUUUAUGUAAAUUGAUGACAAUGAAGUAUUCUUCCAAAGGCCAAAUUUUUUUAUUGUCCCAUACGAAUCAGAACAUCUCUCGCGUUAACCUUAAUUAGUUAAGUCUAUACAAGCAAUGAUUGAAAUCAAAAAUUACUGUACAAUUUCUUGCCCAAAAAAUAUCCUUGAGCUGAUACAACAGUCUUAUACUAACAUGGGAAGCUAGCCCCGAAGUUUCGAUCUAAUACAAAGUUCUCUGGGUCGAACUGUCGGCUAAAAAGCAAGCCCAUCCCGAGAAAAAAGUAUCCGUUAGCGAAAUACUUAAUGUCUCGUGAGUGACUGUAAAAGAAAAAAAAACCAGACAACCAAACAAAAAAAAAAAAGUAAGUCUACUGGGUGGUAAAGGAAAGAAUGUUUAACAAGACCAACUCCCACCCCACCUCAUUCGUUUUCUUUCCUGAGCCACAAGAAGCUUGUCUCGAUCCUUGAACUGUUCUGUACGUUGAACAAAGUUAACAUUAAUUUUCUGAUAGUAAAAAGAAACGUUCUCUGGGAUUAGGAAGAAAAAACCAGAAGGAAAAGAGAAAGAAAAGGGAUGAAAAAGAUUUAGUCAGAUUGCAAACUGCAACUUAAGAAACAGUAGAUUAACACGUUUGAAAGGAAACGACGUUUAGUUUACAACUCGCUGAAUUACUACCAAAAUAAGUGUUCUCCAAUGUUUGCAAACAGGAAAUUAAGUGUUCGUUUAUAAUUUAGUAGAUGGUCU